AUGCUCUUCAACAAGGUGUAUGUCAUCAAGUCUCCAGAGCUGGUCUCAGCCGUAAGGCGCAAUCACCGCUCUAUGUCCUUUGAGCCCGUAUUCACCCGUACGGCAGAGUGUGCCGGGGGCAUCAAAGGCCCUGGCCUCCAACUUCUCCGUGGAAAAGAAUCCCAGGGCCAAGGACUUGGGCAUCACACAGUUACCAAUAUGCGUCCCACCCUGCUAGGCGAAGGAUUAGACGAGAUGAACACGAAGAUGAUCGAGUGUGUUCAACAGAGUGUGCAGGAGUUGAGAUCCCAUUGUCGCACGGUUGAUCUCUAUGACUGGUGUACUCUUGCAAUGACCAUUGCCAGUACAGAUGCGAUUUAUGGACCGCAAAAUCCCUACAAACAGCGGAAGACCCGCGAUUCCUACUGGGAAAUUGAAAAUAACCUAAGCUAUCUCAUGAUGGGUUUCGCCCCCUGGCUGAUUGCACGGAAAGCAUGGAAGGGUCGCGAACAUCUCUCGAAUGCCUUCCUCGAGUACUACAAAGCCGACGGACAUCUCAAAUCGUCACAGCUGGCAUACACACGUUGGAAAACACAGCUCGAUGGCGGAGCCACUUUGGAAGACAUUGCCCGACUGGAAGCAGUCAUGGGCCUUGGGAUCCUCUCCAACACAGUCCCCACCAGCUACUGGGCAAUUUUCGACCUGUUCUCACGCCCAAAACUACUAGAAGAAGCCCGGGACGAGAUCCGACAGAACGCGAUAUCUGUCGACUCGGAGGGACUCCAUACAGUUGAUCUAGCAAGCGUCCAAGAGAAAUGCCCACUACUACUUGCGUGUCUGCAAGAAACCCUCCGAAUUCGCUCCAACUCGGCCCAGCUGCGUGUGAUAUUCGAAGAUACCAUGCUUAGCGAAUCAUGUCUAGUCAAAGCGGGUUCGAUCCUAGUAAUGCCAUCUGCAGUCAUCAACCGCAGUGAAUCGGCAUGGGGACAGGAUGCGGAAACCUUCGACCCACAAAGAUUUAUCGAUCCAGAAGGUAGGAGAACGAAAGCUUCCGGUUUUAUGUCGUUUGGUACAUCUCCUCAUAUCUGUGCUGGUCGGCAUUUUGCUACUGGGGAAAUUAUUGCUUUGAUGACGAUGUUAAUUCUGCAGUUUGAUAUCUGUCCUGUUGGGGGGGAUUGGGUUGAACCGCCGGUCAAUAUCAAUGCGGUUGCUGCGUCAUUGAGUCCUCCUAUGGGUCAGACCUCUGUCACUGUUAUAUAG